GUUGAGGCACAAGGUCAGUGUGCCAUAGAUUUUGGUAAGUGUAUUUGUUGUAACCCAUUCAACUGUUGGUUUUACAAGUUUAUGUCUCCAUUAUUGAUAAUUUGCAUUUUAUACAACAUAACUCUUGCCAUCAGGACUUCAUUUAACUUCUUCUGCACAUGGUGUUUUAAAUGGGUGAUGCUUUAAAUGUUACAUAUUUGACCUUUGAUGGACAUGUGGAAGUCACGAAAUACAGAUAUGUUUACUUUUGCAUUUUAUGUACUGUCUAUAUUCUAAUAAUCUGCACUAAUUGUACUAUUGUGUACCUUAUCUGGAACCACAAAAAUCUCCACGAGCCUAUGUACGUUUUUAUAGCGGCCUUGUUACUUAAUGCUGUGGUUUUCAGUACUGUCAUCUACCCGAAGCUUCUGAUUGACUUUUUAUCUCAAGAACAAAUCAUAUCUUAUCCAGCUUGUCUGUUCCAGUUUCACUUAUUUUACUCUUUGGGUGGUUCAGAGUUUUUACUGUUGGCAGCUAUGGCUUAUGACAGGUAUGUGUCUAUAUGUAAACCUCUGCAAUAUCCAACAAUUAUGAAUAAAACCACAGUGUGUGUUUUCUUGAUUUUAGCAUGGUUUGUGCCUGCGUGUCAGCUUGCAGUGCCGACUGGAUUUAGUGCCAAGGAAAAACUCUGUAGGUUUGUUUUAAAGGGGAUUUUCUGCAAUAAUUCACUAUACAAACUGCAGUGUGUUCUCUCCCAGGCACGUGUUAUACGUGAUAUGAUCAUACUGGUCAAUGUUGCUCUCUUUCCUGUGCUGUUCAUCAUUUUCACCUACACCAGGAUACUUCUAAUAACAUACAAAAGUAGUAGAGAAGUGAAGAGAAAAGCUGCACAGACCUGUUUACCUCACUUGAUUGUACUGAUCAACUUUUUCAGUUUGUGUGCUUAUGACGUCAUUAUAGUGGGAUUAGAACCAGAUUUUCCAAAGAUUGUACAUUUGAUCAUGACUUUGCAAGUGAUUCUGUACCACCCUCUGUUUAACCCCAUUAUGUAUGGACUGAAAAUGAAAGAGAUCUCUAAACACCUCAAGAAGCUCUUCUGCUGAGUCAGGAUGAACUGAUUAAUUAUUAAUCGUGUUGUUUCCUUUGUAGCAAGUCAAUCCUGUCAUUCCAGGAUUCUAUUUCAGUUUGCUGUUUGGUUAAUAUGUCUGAGUCACAAUAAAACCCAAUUU